AUGCCUCUACAGGUUAUCAACACGCUGGUAGAUAUCUUUAUUGAGAAAAUACGACCACAAUAUCCCUUUUACGACGAGGAAACCUUGAACUCUUUUCGUCAGUCUGUUAUCCAUCCAGGCGCAGAAGAUUCUGAAGAGCCACGAGCCAAAGUCAGCCAUUUCGCGGUUUCCAUGAUGAUGGCUAUCAGUGUCAUGACCUCCAGAACCACAGACCUUGUCAAGCAGUCUGUUCUAGCUGAGUCAUUGUACCGAGAUGCACUGCUUUACUACGAUCGUCUGGGUCCCAGUACACUGACAAAGUUGCAAUGUACCAUGUUGCUAGUUCUCUACUCCAUAUUUCGACCAGGCGAUGUGAACAUUUGGAACGUGAAGAGCCUUGCGAUGCGCCUUGCAGUUGCCAUGGGACUACAUCGAGAAACCUGUGGCGUUGACGACGCUUUCGAUGACUCGACAGCCGACCUUCGUAGAAGAAUCUUCUGGACCCUCUAUUACUGGGACAGAGCAAUAUCAAUUUCCUCACAUCGGCCGCUCGGCAUUGCCGACAAUCAUAUCGACGUAUCACUGCCAUGUGUUCCAGCAGGUGACCGUGUCACAGCCAGAUUCGUCAGGUCUCUCACGCUUCGCCAAAUACAAUCUGAAGUCUAUUCGGUCAAUUUCUUCGGCAAGAGUCUUGGAGACACUCCAUACGAAACUUGGGUUGAGGCAACCGAGCAAAGACUGUCAAGCUGGGCUGACGAAGUUACCUCUCUUGGAGAUCAUGGAUUCGAUUUCUUUGAGUUUAUAAUCUCCACUGUCUUGCUUCAUCUGCAUAGACCAUCUCAAGCGAGGCCAGUGUUGGGCGAGAAUGCCGUACUGGCAUGCUUUGAUGCUGCUGCUAGUAUACUGCAGGGAUACUGGAGAAUGAUAGUAAGGGGGUUUCUCAAAUACGACUGGCACAUGGCACACCAAGCAUUUGAAGCAGGAAUUGUUGUUCUUUAUGUUCUGAGGCACUACAAGACGGUGCUUGAGUCGCAUCGCACAACUGCCACCAUUCUCGAGGUUGUCAACGGCUUCACCAACGUCUUUAUGCUUCUUUCGAGACGCUGGCCAGCAUCCAUCAAUGUCGAGGAGACUUACGAGCGCAUUAAAAUCAAAGUUCUGAAGCAAUUCCUUGCUGGUAGAUCCAGCGAAGCGGCACGCCUUGAAAAUGAUGAGCUGGAUAGGCUUGUGAGGUGGGACGCACAUCCGUGUAUGUAUACCGCUAGUGAAGAAGAGAAGAUACACCAAGGCGCCUUCUCAUUCCAAAGUCACAGCCAGGAACAUGACUUGGGAUUUUUGUCCUCAACUCAGAAUCCCCAGCUACUAGGUGUACCAGCCACGUCUCUCAACUCGACAUUAACAAUUCACGUGUUCGACCCGUUGAGAACGAAUCCUGUUGUUGCAAAUCAAGAUUUUACCGAGAUGGCAGAUUUCUGUGACAUUGAUUGGAAUACUGCGAGGUUAGAGGCUUUCACUGAUCCUAGUUUUCUGCAUUGGGCAAUGUAG